GACUGUGCAGGGAGGCUGGAGGUUUUUCACAGCGGCUCAUGGGGGACCGUGUGUGAUGACUCCUGGGAUAUUAAAGAUGCUCAUGUGGUGUGCAGACAGCUGCAGUGUGGAGUGGCCCUCAGUAACCAGCAGGUACCAGCCUGGUUUGGUCCUGGUUCUGGACCAUGGCUGGGUGAGGUGGAGUGUGAGGGGAAUGAGACGUCCCUGUGGAGCUGCUCUUCUCCAGGCUGGGGAAAACAUGACUGUCAACACAAGGACGAUGUAGGAGUCGUGUGCUCAGAGUUUAAAGAGAUCAGGUUAACAGAGGGCUGUGAAGGGAAUGUGGAGGUUUUCUACAAUGGAUCCUGGGGUAAUGUGUGCUGGAACCAGAUGGACAGAGACACAGUGAGUCUGAUCUGUCAGGAGCUGAACUGUGGAAGAUCUGGCAGUGAACCCAGUAAUUCAGAGGGACUGCAGUCUCAUAACUGGCUUGAUAAACUGAAAUGUCGGCGACAUGAUUCCACUUUAUGGCAGUGUCCAUCCUCACCCUGGGGACAGGAUGACUGUGAUAAUGAAGUGGCCAAAAUCACCUGCUCAGACAGUGUGAGUGUGAGGCUGGUGAAUGGUGACAGUCGCUGUGCUGGUCGAGUAGAGGUUCUUCAUGAGGGUCAGUGGGGAACAGUGUGUGAUUAUAAGUGGGAUAUGACUGAUGCUGCAGUGGUGUGUAGAGAGCUGAGCUGUGGAGAGGCUGCAGAAGCACCAAAAUAUUCUUACUUUGGACCUGGAUCAGGAAAAAUCUGGAUGGAUGAAGUGGAGUGUAAAGGAUCAGAGUCUACACUGAAGGACUGUGGAUCAUUAGGAUGGGGUGAAUAUGAUACAAGCUACUGUGCUGAUCAUAGUAGAGAUGCUGGAGUCAGAUGUUCAGGUUACACUGAUCUCAGGCUGGUAAACGGUCCUGACAUCUGUUCUGGUCGAGUUGAACGUCAGUACUUCAGUAAAUGGGGCACAGUGUGUGAUGCAUGCUGGGAUAUGAGAGCUGCCAGUGUCCUCUGUAAACAGCUGAAUUGUGGGAUUGCUGUGUCUGUUGUGGGAUCAGACUGGUUUGGAGAGGGAAGUGAUGAAGUCUGGACUGAUGUGUUUGAUUGUGACGGGAAUGAAACAAAACUCUCAGAAUGUUCCAUCUCUUCAUGGAGUCGAGCAGAAUGUUCUCAUAGUCGAGAUGUUGGAGUCAUCUGCUCUAGUGAGUCCAUAUUACUCUGUCAAUCACCUGCCUUGCUGGUGGGUUCUGGGGGAGACUGUGCAGGGAGGCUGGAGGUUUUUCACAGCGGCUCAUGGGGGACAGUGUGUGACGACUCCUGGGAUAUUAAAGAUGCUCAUGUGGUGUGCAGACAGCUGCAGUGUGGAGUGGCCCUCAGUAACCAGCAGGUACCAGCCUGGUUUGGUCCUGGUUCUGGACCCAUAUGGCUGGAUGAGGUGGAGUGUGAGGGGAAUGAGACGUCCCUGUGGAGCUGCUCUUCUCCAGGCUGGGGAAAACAUGACUGUCAACACAAGGAGGAUGUAGGAGUCGUGUGCUCAGAGUUUAAAGAGAUCAGGCUAACUAAAGGCUGUGAAGGGAAUGUGGAGGUUUUCUACAAUGGAUCCUGGGGUAAUGUGUGCUGGAACCAGAUGGACAGAGACACAGCGAGUCUGAUCUGUCAAGAGCUGAACUGUGGAAGAUCUGGGGUUUUGUCUGAUUCUACAGCAAGAGUGAAAUCAGCUCGUAACUGGCUGGAUAAAGUGAAGUGUCGACGACAUGAUUCAUAUCUGUGGCAGUGUCCAUCUUCUCUCUGGGGAAAGAAUGACUGUAAUAAUGAUGAAGUGGCCAAAAUCACCUGCACAAAGGACGAGAAUCAGGAGUCUCCUCGGAGUCGUCUGACAUGUUUUAUUUCACCAUCUCCUCACCAGAAACAGUGUUCAAAUCAUGUUCCUCUCAGACUGCGUGGAGGGGAGGGCCGGUGCUCUGGGAGGCUGGAGGUGUAUCAUAACACUGUGUGGGGCUCAGUCUGUGAUGAUCACUGGGACGUCAGCGAUGCUCAGGUGGUCUGCAGGCAGCUGGGUUGUGGAGCAGCACUGAGGGCUGAUGGGAAUUCAACCUUUGGUGCUGGUGAAGGUGUUGUGUGGAUGAACAAAGUCGAGUGCAGAGGGAAUGAGAUUCACCUGUGGGACUGUCCUCACUCCCUAAAUAACAACACUGACUGCUCACGCAAGAAACUUGUUACACUCAACUGUGAAGAUUUAUCAGAUGUGUCAGUGUCCACUACUCCUGCCACAACAUCAUCAGCUUCUCCUCCAGUUUCUCCUCCAGUGCGCUCAACAUCAGUCGCUCCUCCACAAACUCCUCCACCAGCGCCUCCCCCAGUGCUUGUGAUUGUUCUGGGAGUUGUGCUCUUACUGCUCUUAGUGCCACUGCUUAUACUGAUUCAGCAGAACAGAGUGAUGAGGAGAGCUCUCUCAUUGUCACAAGCAGGUGUUCAUAUAAUUGUAAGUGUAGGUGCAGGGAGUCUCAUCUCUGAAGAACUGCAUUCUGGGUAUGAAGAUGCUGAUGAGCUUCUCUCAGAAGAGAUUGUGAAGGAAAUCACACCGGGAUACUAUGAUGAUGUCAUCACUGAUGGACUGAAACCAAAUCUGGACGCACCAGAGAAUUAUGAUGAUGUCAUCAUUAAUAGACCGAGCUCUCGUGGGGUAACAGAGGGAGUUCAGGAGGAGUAUGAUGAUGUGAUGAGUGUCAGUGAAGAUGUGAGAAACCUGUUGGAUUAUGAUGAUGUGGAGGAGGAGUCAAACAAAGAAGAUAUGUCCCAAUGA